AGCGCGAUUGGUCAGCUUCCGGGAGUGUGUUUUUUUAACCAGAACUGGACAUGCGUUCUAGCAUGCGUCAUGAGCUUCUCAGUUCUGUACUCAAAUGGUUUCCUGUAAACCGGACUAAUGGACCGACACCGUUCGUUGUAUAAAGGGACAACUCCCCCAUGGAAGGAAACGUACCGCCAGCGCUGCCUGGACAGGCUGAAAAACAACCGGGCCCGGUUGCUGGAGAGGUACCGACUGGUGGGCGGAAACAACAGGGAGAGCCCCCCCGGGAGCUCCGCCAUCGUGCAGGAGGUGAUGGAGGAGGAGUGGAGCGCCCUGCAGGCAGAGGACCGGAGGCUUCCUUCUCUCUGGGGGCCACAGGGCUUUACAGAGCAGAUGUCCGGAAUAAUGACGGACUGGGAUGAACUGGCGGUGCUGGAAGAAAUCCAACAGGAGCUGCUGUCUAAAGAGAAGUCUCUGGUGGAGGAGUACGAGAGGAACCUGCAGUUUGAGCUGCAGUACAUUUCCUCUGUGGUGGAGGGGAGAGAGGAGGUGCAGAUCAUUUGUCCCGUGUGUGGCAUGAACAACCUGAGCAGCAGCAGCGCCUGUAUCUCCUGUCAGUGUGGACUUUACAUCAGCACUGAGAAACACAGCAUUACUCUGGAGGGUCUCCAGCACCUUCUGGAGGUCCGGGUGUCAGAACACAUGGAAGAGUGUCUGUACACGCCUGUUUUCUCCGUCACCGCCGACUCUGAGGCUUCCUCUAAUCUGAUGAUAAGCUGCCAGGUUUGUGAUUACCUGUCUGUUGUCCUGUGAAUCCAUAAUGAGUGUCAUUCGUAGGAUUUAGUUUUUGUAGUUUAUGUGCAAUAAAAGAUUAUUUUAUUAUAUUA